UCACCAGCAUAUUACUGCUUUAUUUCCUUGCGUAAUUGCAAGGACGAUUCUGGUGUCACUUGAAGCUUUGUUGAGGUUUGGUCUUGGUCCUGGUCUUGGUCUUGGCCUUGACCGUUUAGCCAACAAUGCCGACUCUUGCUGUUAACAACUUCAACAUUGUUGUUAGUGUUCUUGGCGGGUGGAUUUCACUCUUUGGUCUUGUAUCAUAUCUGCUUAAAGAGGACUUUUACCUCUCCGAGGCUCUCAUCUCCCUUUUGGCCGGCCUUACUUUCUCACCCCACGCCGCCAACUUCGUCCGGCCUCUAGAGUAUGCAGGCUCGGAAGAAAACUUAAAUGCGAUUACGUUAUACUUCACUCGCCUGGUCCUCGGAGUCCAGCUUGUCCUCGCAGGAGUUCAAUUACCAAGUCGUUAUUUAAGACUAGAAUGGAAGCCUCUAGCUUUACUUUUAGGGCCGAUAAUGACGGCGAUGUGGUUGAUGACCAGUCUCCUCGUCUGGGCCCUACUACCAAACUUACCUUUCCUCCAUGCCCUUGCGAUUGGAGCUUGCGUGACUCCGACCGACCCGGUCCUGUCAAACGUAAUUGUGAAGGGAAGGUUCGCAGAUCACAACGUUCCCAAGAAUCUCCAAACGAUCAUCAUCGCGGAAUCAGGCGCCAACGACGGGCUUGGCUACCCUUUCUUAUAUCUCGCUUUAUACCUUAUCAAAUAUAUCGGUGAUGGCGGCGUCAAUGAAUCCGGCGGUGCCGGUCUUGCUAUAGGUCUGUGGUUUGGUGAGACCUGGGGCUACACCAUCAUCCUUAGUGUGGUAUAUGGCGCUGUCGUAGGCUGGAUCGCCAAAGAAUUACUGCAUUACUGCGAAGAGCAUAAGUUUGUCGACCGUGAAAGCUUUCUCGUUUUUGCGUUCUCACUUGCGCUGCUUAUUACGGGUACCUGCGGUAUGAUCGGGAGCGACGACAUUCUAGCUUGCUUUAUUGCUGGGAAUGCUUUCACCUGGGAUGAUUGGUUCCGCUUGGCAACGAUUGAUGAGCCCACCAUUGAUAUGCUCCUCAACGUAUCUAUAUUCAUGUGGUAUGGCGCAGUUUGUCCAUGGCAUAGUUUUAUUGCGAACGAUGUCAUUCCAAUUUACCGGCUGAUCCCCUUAGGAAUCUUGAUACUACUGCUUAGGCGUCUUCCAUUUAUCUUAUUAUCCUAUAAGAAAAUUCCACAGAUAGACGGUUUACGACAAGCUAUUUUCAUGGGUUUCUUCGGACCAAUUGGUUGCUCGGCUAUCUUCUAUCUAUACGUAACGCUGGAAUUCAUUACUGCGUUGAAUCCCGAUCAAGGAGGAACGCCAAGGUGGGAUGUGGCUCGUCUUCAAGAAGACGUAUCGGUUGUAGUCUGGUUCAUGGUCAUUUGCAGCGUCGUAAGCUAUCCCCACUUGUUUAUGAGUAUGUUGCUAGUAUUAUCAUACUCAUCAUUGGAAAGGUUGUUCACGGGCUUAGUAUUCCCUUGGGAAAAUUCGGUAUUUACCUUCCUCGAACGAUUUCGAGGACCCUGUCAUCACCUGAGGAUCUGGUAUCCUUCCAGGUGGGCGGGCGGGUCAUCCCCCGAAGUCGCUCCAGAGACGAGACGGCCUGCAAUACCCCUAUUGAAUCUCGUUCCGUAUCGCUACGGCCCAUUUAUCGUAUUGGUGGUUCAGUAAUUCCAGAGCACUCAGCUGUUAAUAGGCCUUCUCCUGCACGCGUGUCAACCACCAGUGAGAUCGCUGGUCCUCGAGAUAACCUCGAUACUGGUUCUAAAGCUGCAGGGGUGGAUCCAGAAUCGCUUACGAACAUGUCGUCGCCGAUUCCACCUAACCGAAUGAUUCGCUUUCCCGAUGAAACACCACCGGGUGAUAAAGAAUCUCGAGAACUCGAGGGGGAUGUCGCCUAUUAACUGCGGAUGUGUCUGUCAUCCUACGUCCAAUGACUUGGUGGCCAUUCUUUCUUUUGGCACCUAGUCUGUUGAUGUGGAUUGUAAAGUCAAUACUCAGAAGGUCA